UUUUUUAUUGUAAAUUUAUAUUCUUUUAAUGAUAAUGUUGAGCAGACUGAUCCUCAUCGUUUGUUGUCUUUUUAUUUUUAACUGUAUUUAGUUAUUUUAGGCAUCAACGACGACAACGGUUCAUCCAACAACAUCAACAACAGAAAAAAGCGAUAAAAAACCAACAAAAGAAGAUGACGACAUUGAUUUAUUUGGGUCGGAUGAGGAUGAGAAUGAAAAUGAGGAAGCAAUACGAAUCAGGGAAGAACGAGUAGCAAU